CGCUCGCUCUCUCACUGGCUGGGUGGACAGAGCUGUGGCGCAGGAGGAGAGGAGCACAGAGAGGACACGCUGCCCGAUCAGAGAGAGGGGACCAGAGGAACAGUCUGUCUGCAUGGGAGGAAGAGAAUACAGAAAAUAACAGGGCAAUAUCCAAAGGAGGGGAAGUGAGAGAGAGAGAGAGAGAGAGAGAGAGAGAGAGAGAGAGAGAGAGAGAGAGAGAAUGCACACAUCUACUUCAUGGGAGGAGGAGGAGCCCGGUUGGGGGUGGAGCUGAUAAGAAUUGACGGACAUCGGCACAAGAGGAGGAGGAGCGUGAGGGCAAGUUAAUGAAUUUGAUUUGGAGAGAAGUAUUUUUAGAAAAGGACGAAAACAAGAGGAGCGUUACGAUUAGAAAUGCCACAGUUCUGAGGGAGAGAAACAGAGUGAAAGAAAACUGGAACGAGAGAAUGGGGGAGAGAGAGAUACCAGGAUCUGAGCGUGACUGAACAGAUUUUCCAUCGACUCUGGUCAGGUUUCCCACAGGGAAACGCAGUGUGUGUGCAUGUGCUCCUCUCUCAGUGUGAAUGAGUGUUUGCGUGCAUCUGGGACUAAGAAGCAUCUGCUCCUCGCACUAGACGGGCUGGCCGUACAUUAUCACCCGCAGGACACAACACCCGCUCCUCCAGUCAAGAGAGGAGGAGAAGAGAAAGGAGAACGGAGGGGUGAAUAGGGAGGGAGUGACAGAUGGGAAGAGGGGAAGGCUGGAAAUCAAGAAGAUAAAAGUGAGCUCACAAAAAAGCCGGAAAAGAAAUUAGCGAGGUAGACUCACAAAGGCAAUUAGUGAUGCGCGGCUGCUCGUUUUAGCGGUGUCAUGUAAACAAGUCCAGCCUCUGGCCGUGGUGGUGUUGGAGGGUUAGCAGGUUGAACGAGCAUCACUGAUCGAAGUGGAGCGACGGCAAAGUCCCAAAGACAGCAGCCUCGGUCGGCAGAGAGGAGCGCCGACAGAGCAGAGGGAACCGGCGGGACGAGCCUUUCUUUGACAGACGGAACCAGAUAGAACCACAACAGACUCACUGCUCUCUUCUUUAACCUUCCGUUCUUUCAUUUUGUCUGUGCUUCUCAGCUCAUCUUGCCUCUCUCUCCUCUAGCACUCACUCCACCCCCUCUCUUCUCCCUCCCUAUCCUUUCCCUCUCCCUCCCUCUCGCUCUCUAGCUCUCUCUCUCUCCCUCUGUCUCUUCCUCUCUUGCUUCUAUGUUACACUAACUGGUGCAGAUGCUGGAGUCGCUCAUGUGGAAGCUGCAUCGCUUGGUGCAUAUUUGCAUGGCUGAAUGUAUUUUUUACUGCUGAGUUGGGUUUGUGGAGCACUUUCAGGUCAAAGGAACCAGAUGGACUGAGAGGGAGAAGCCCAACAAGUAGCUACAGAGUAAAACAGGACACAACAACAAACAGAAGACACUGUGACAGAGAGAGAGUUAGUAUGUGUGUGUGUGAGUGAGGUUGUGUGUGAGGAGCUUGUACGGAUUGUGUGUAACAGCAGAGUCAGAUAAGCACAAAUCCAGGUGUGGAUUACACCAGUGGGGAUAUCGGUGCCCUGGAGCUCCAUGUGGGGCCCAGCCCCUGAGGCCUGGCUGGGAGAUGAAGCCUUUCUCUCUGUACUAGGAGCGGUGUGGGCAGCCAUGGCUCUGGAGGGGCGAUGUCUCCAGCGGGGAUCCCCAGCCGUGGUGAGGAGAGGCCGCCGGCGCCUCGCUGCAAGGCCAGGCCUGUCCUCAAUCACCUCCACCCUGCUGGCUGGGACAAGUCUGCAUGGCCUCAGGCAUGUGUGUGUGUCCGGUGGCUCCAUAGGCCGUCGGGCCUUCUGGCUGCUGGCCCUGUGCACCUCAUUGGGCCUGCUCCUGUCCUGGUCCUCCAACCGCCUGCUCCACUGGCUCUCCUUCCCCACCUACACACGGAUCCACACAGAGUGGGCCAAGGAGAUGGCCUUCCCCACAGUCACUAUCUGCAACAACAACCCAAUCCGCCUCUACAAGCUCACCAAAAGUGACCUGUACUUUGCUGGCCACUGGCUGGGCCUACUGCUGGCCAACCGGACGGUGAGACCCAUGGUGCUGGAUUUGCUGCAGGAGGACAGCCAGGCCUGGUUCAGCAAACUGUCUGACUUCAGGCUGUUCCUGCCCCCCAGAAACUUUGAGGGCAGCAACCUGGAGUUUAUGGACCGGCUGAGCCACCAGCUAGAGGAAAUGCUUCUCUCCUGCAAGUACCGAGGAGAACCGUGCGGUCCCCAGAACUUCACCUCUGUGUUCACCAGGUAUGGGAAGUGUUACAUGUUCAACGCAGCGGAGGAGGGGAAGACGCUACGGACCACCAUGAAGGGAGGGACGGGGAACGGCCUGGAGAUUAUGCUGGACAUCCAGCAGGACGAGUACCUACCCUUGUGGGGCGACACAGAGGACACAGCGUUCGAGGCGGGAGUGCGGGUGCAGAUCCACAGCCAGGCAGAGCCCCCGUUCGUCCACGAGCUGGGCUUUGGCGUUGCCCCGGGCUUUCAGACCUUUGUUGCCACUCAGGAGCAGAGGCUGACCUACCUGCCUCCUCCGUGGGGAGAGUGUGAGUCCAAGGCCCUAGACUCUGGCUUCUUCCAGGUCUAUAGUGUGACAGCUUGCAGGAUCGACUGUGAGACACGCUACAUCGUGGAAAACUGUAAUUGCAGGAUGGUGCACAUGCCCGGUGAUUCUCCAUUCUGUACCCCUGAACAGUACAAAGACUGUGCAGAGCCUGCCCUUGCCAAGUUGUCAAUGCUGGAGAGUAGCAACUGCAUUUGUAGGACACCAUGCAACAUGACACGCUACAACAAGGAGCUGUCCAUGGUCAAGAUCCCCAGUAAGACCUCAGCACGCUACCUGGAAAAGAAGUUUAACCGCUCUGAGAAAUACAUCACGGAUAACAUCCUAGUCCUGGAUGUGUUCUUUGAGGCCUUGAACUAUGAGACCAUUGAGCAGAAGAAAGCCUACGAAGUGGCAGGCUUACUGGGUGAUAUAGGUGGUCAGAUGGGUCUGUUCAUCGGGGCCAGUAUCCUUACCAUCCUGGAGCUAUUUGACUACGCCUAUGAGGUGGUGAAGGACAAGUUGCUGGACCUACUGAGCCGAGACGACGAGGAGGAGAGCCACGGAGAGGACGUGAGUUCCUGUGACCCGGUGGGGAACCACUCGGAGGCCAUCAGCCACACGGUGAGCGUCCCCCUACAGACCACCCUGGGCACGCUGGAGGAGAUCGCCUGCUGAGCCCCCAGCCCAGCUCCACACACACACCAGGCAAAGCCACUGUGAGCCACCACCACACGGGGAGCCAGUGAGCAGCAGCCUCUUCCACAGGCUACCAGGACAGAAUGAUAGGGACUUUGGUGGGGAGGAUGGGUGGCUGGUCAGACGAAAGGGUGGCUGGGUUGGGCUAGACUGGGCUGGACUGGGCCUCCCCUCCACACUGUCACUGCAGCACUAAUGGGGAUUAAGGAGCUGUCACCUGGACUUACUGGUGCUCUCUGUUACUGGAAUUGUUACUGUACUGCUGGAGGAGGACAGCCACCUCCCCUCCCCCUCACAUGCUCAUCUACCUGACUCAUAGGUCUUCUCCAGUUCACAGACAGACAGACUGCACUGUAAACCUAACGGGAAGUGGCUCAUCUCUGUCCUAGACAUGUGUAUUCACUAGUCACUCAUCGGUCAGUACUGCCAGACAUUGUACCAUAACAGUUGCUGUGAACUGUCCAAGUUGCAUGCGCUGCUUCCUCUCAGAGAUGGUUUCUCUCUUUGGUGAUGCUGAUUGGCUGAUGCUGGACUGCAGUGUUGCUUUACUGUACAUCUCUCUCUCUCUCACUGUCAUUCUCUCUCUGUCUCUCUCCGUCUCUCUCCGGGGCCUAUGAGAUGAGGCCAGCUAAAGAAAUAGAAUGUAUAGAUUGAACAUGGUUCACUAUAACAUAUUUCAUAUGACACAUCCAUCUAAGGCAGUUUCAUUUUGUUGAUGCACUGUUUUCUUAGGCGGCAAGUUGUAUAUCUACGGGAAUGGCUGUUGGGUCUGUAUUUGCAUUCAUAUUGGGAAAACAUGAGCAUUCUAAAGAAUCAAUUCCAAAAUGACUGUUUUGCAUUUGGUUAUUUAUUUUGUUAUCCGUUCUAUUGAUUCCACUCCUAUCAAUGUACCACAAGGUGAGUACCCCGAGGGAAGGCAAGGUACUGAGCUGCUUCUAUUAAACAGGUGCCAUAUUCCUAUGUGUAAACUCAUGUAAAUGAUUAAACGCUUGCCUCUUGGCGGCAGCGCCUCAGUGGGGUAAAAGCACUCAUUGAUGACUGAGGCUGAGCCAAAACCAGAGAGGUGGAGUAUGACAUUGUUUACCUGGCAGAAUACAAGCAGAGUACAAAUGUCGCUCAUAAAUGAACAUGCUGAGGGGGUUUAGUUUCAUUUCAUCUGCAUGAUGUGGGUGUGUUGUCUGGUGAGAACUGAUGGACUCCCAACUCCUCAUAUUUUACAUAAUGGACUUGGCCCUUACCCAGCUAGAAAUUGAAUUUCCAUGAUAAUCACGGUUCUAUUAAUGGAAAUAAUGUUUGGACGAUAAUAAUUGCACUGAUGUAGAUUCAGAUGAGGGGAAAUUAUCUUCUGAUUCAUUUGAGGAUACAGGGUGUGUUGUAUUGUGGUGUUAAUAUUGGUGUUGUAGUACGAAAAACCAAAACGGUACGAGACAGUGUUCUGUCCCGUCUACAGUGGAUAUGUUACUGAAGAAGGGAACCGACUUAUGACUGGUUGACAUUUUGAUUUGACGCAAGUACAAAUUUGCUAACAGAGCAGGAUAAUAAUUCAAACAAUCAAGCCCAACAUGUAAAACCUGUCGUUUGCAGAAACGGUAGCCUGCAGACUUUGUCGGGACUAUUGUCCAUCUCUGACUGAAAGACACAAUCUUUGUCAAAUUGGAGGUGAUUUUAAGCCCAAUAUUUUUUUAAUGGACGAUAGCCCCAAUCAAACACAUUUAAUAACCAGUUAAAAUCAAACUCACCAAACCAUGGGGGGUGUGAAAACCACAGGAGGUGUUUUUCUGUUCUCAAAAAAAGUGACAAACUCAAAAAGGAUUUGGUUUGCACUUUAUGUUUCGUUAACACCCCUCCCACCUAGUGCCAUCACACUAAAAAGGGCCAUAUUGCAUCACUAUGAUAUGACGAGUACAUCCAUCCAGAGUAGCAUAUCAACUAGCCAUGAUUAUCCAGACAGGCGGGAGGUAGCCUAGCAGUUAGCGUGUUGGGCCAUUAACCGAAAGGUCGCUGGUUUGAAUACCCAAGCCCAUAAGGUGAAGAAUCUGUCGAUGUGCCCUUGAGUCAGGCAGCUAAACCUCAUUUGCUCCAGGGGCGCCGUACUACUAUGACUGACCCUGUAAAACAACACAUUUGACUGCAUCUAUCCGGUGUAUGUGACAAAACUUCUAUGUCAUCGUUAUAAUGUACAGUACAGGUGGGAAUGAACUCCAAGUGCUUUGUGAACUAUGAUUUCCUGUCUGUUGUUGACCUGCUGUGUGUAAUCUAAUCUCUCAUGUAUGGCUUAUCAUGUCUCCUUUAGCAGUGACCUCAGCCAUCUCCAGGGGCGGACUUGCCAUCUGGCAUUUGCUCGAAAUGCCAGAUGGGCCGCUUCAUUUUUAGCCUAGUGGGCCUGUCUAACAGAACAUUUUUACUUUGCUAAAUUAUCAUUAUCUGACCUUGAGGAACAAUAUGGACCGGUGUGAGGACCUCAAGGAAAAAGAUGGGCCAGUAUAUUGCAAAUGCAAGAGCCAAUUUCUGGUCCCAGUCCUCCCCUGCUUCUCACCUACUGUAUAGAUCUGUCCAUGGAGAGAGGUGAACUACUAUGGGACACAUACUGAGUCUCAGUGAAAAUGCCACUGGUUGUUUCUUCUCUUUUCGUUUCUAUUGUUAUUGCAGGACUGCUUUUUCAUUUUGUGAUGCAGCGUACAGUAUGUGUUUUUAAUGUGAAACGAUUAAAAAAAAUGUUUUUGCUGAGG